AUGCUCAUCGAUUUGUACCUUUAUUCUCUUCUCUUGGUGGAAAUAUUGAAAAUGAACCAAAUAGGUCAGAUAACCGAGCCAAAGUUGUGUCUGAACGCUCCCGAAUGUCUAACCAUAUGUCACCCGAAACGCGAAAUCGGUUUCUCUCUUGUGAUCAACGGUUCACCGAUUCCUGCAGUUGACUCCGCGCCGCCGCUUCCUCUCCGCCGUGACCGUGUCGACAAGGAGUCUGCGGAGGUUACAUACGUCAGCACGGAUAAUGUGAGGAUCACCGGUGGGACUGAGUUUGAGGUGUAUGAGAAGGAUGUGUUGUUUAUUUGUGGGUCGUUGGAACGGUUGGAUACUGAUGGGGGGAAUGGGUCGGGUUGGGAAAUGGAUUGUCAUGUGGCAGCGGGGUCGAUUGGGUCGGGUUCCUCGGCGUUUUUUCGGCCGAAGCUUGGGGUUUCGGCUCCGUCAGUUGAGGUUUAUGUUGCGGGGUGUUGUUCUGGUGUGCCUGUGAUUUUGAGUAAGACGAUUUCGAUGAGUCCGAGGAGGAGGGUUCCUAGGCAUGCUAUUCUGGAUGCUAUUCCUGAAGAUGAGGAGAUGAAUGUUAUAGAGAAGGAUCAUGGUAAUAGUAUGAAUGGAUUGAUUCCACUCUCCAUAUUGCAGUUUGUUGUCAUAAGGUUUCCUGGAUCAUGGGUUCAAACUGACUGGUUUGUUACAAAACCUUUUGGAGAAACUAAAAUAGAUCUUGCUCACUUCCCUUUACUUAAAAGUGUUGGUAAUGAUGAAACUGCUUUGGUAAACCAAACUUUCUUAAACAGAUUCGACCGAUUAUUCAAAUUCUCCUCGAUUAUAUCUGAGGUGAAGAAAGGUAUGGCAGAAGGGAAGCAAGUAGUGUUUACAGGUCAUUCUUCAGGGGCUGUUUUGGCCAUUCUUGUAACAUUUUGGGCCUUGGAAGAGAAUCUUAACCAAACUCAGCUUAAGCCACCCAUGUGUGUCACUUUUGGUUCUCCUUUGGUUGGGAAUCAUAUAUUCUCUCAUGCUUCAAACAGACAAAACUGGUCUCGUCGCUUCAUACACUUUGUCAUGAGAUAUGACAUAGUGCCGAGGAUUUUUCUUGCUCCUUUUUCUAGUAUUGAAAAAAUUUUUAGUCCUGUUCUUCAACUUUUGACUCCUGACAACGACAACUUCGAAUCUCAGGAUUCAAUAAGAGAUAGUAUGUGUUGUGAAUUUUACUCCAUAGUGAUGAUGAAUGCAACAACUGUUACAAGGCACGUUGCUUGUAAUCUAAUGGGAAGCACGAAUUUGUUGCUGGAGACUAUGACAAAUUUUGUUGAGUUAAGCCCUUAUAGAACCUUUGGAACUUACAUUUUCUACAAUGUCUAUGAAGCUGAAUUUGAGGAAAGUUUGGCAAUGCAAAAUGUGGUGUACUUAAACAAACUUGAUGACCUUCCUUUGUCUUCUGGUGAUGCUCCUAAUACCGAUGUUGCAACCGCCUUGGAUAGCCUUGGACUGAGCGUAAGAGCGCGGCUGUGCCUUAGAGCAGCUGGUGAGUUAGAAAAAAAAAGGAAAGAAAUGAGGAGAAAAUAA